AUGCCGCUCAAAGACCUGCUCAGGAAGAAGGAGAAGUUGGACAAGGCCACACCGCUGUCACAGACAUUACCACAAGCCAGCGAGUUCACCUUUGUACGCACAGACACCCACACCGAAGAACACAUCGAACCUCCUGCGUUUGGAGACGAGCAAGAAGUCCCCCUUCCCGAACCGAGGACCCCUUCUGUGACAAGACGGUCAUUCGGACGCUUCCGCAAAAGUGUCAGUCCAUCCGCCUCAGACUCGUCUCCCGAGAAGGAAAGGAAGGAACAUAAAAGACUGUCCCAGCGUCUGCACCUGAAGAGAGACCGGUCGACCAGUGCCAGCUCGGUCAACCUACCGCCAAACCUUCCAAACCUUGACGAUACAUACAUCGAGCCUGGAGAUCGUCAGGAGAAAGAGGCGAAAUGGGAGGAACGUGCUACCAUAUUAGCUAGCCAAAUUCCUGUCGUGCCCUCACGACCAGACCCAGGAGACUUGCAGAACCCAGGCCUGGGGCCGGCAACGUCAUCCCCAGCACGUCCACGCAGCAUCAAUGACCCGGUCAGCGACUCCAACAUACAGACAGCGAUUCAGCUCCACGAAUCGGGCAACCUCGAAGAAGCCACCGAAAUGUUUGGCACCCUUGCGGACGCCGGCAACGUCUUAUCUCAGGUUCUAUACGGCCUGUCUCUUCGACAUGGCUGGGGAUGUCAACCAGAUCCCGCUCGAGCGGUCACCUAUUUGUCUGCGGCGGCAGCCAAUUCCGCCACCAUCGAGUCAGAUGCCCUGAAAGCUGGAAUGAAGAAGGGGGGACCGGCGAAGGGAGAGCUUGUGCUGGCCAUCUUUGAACUGGCAAACUGCUUCAGGCACGGCUGGGGUGUUCCCGUCGACAAAGUUGCGGCGCGGCAAUAUUACGAGACUGCAGCCAACCUGGGAGACACCGACGCCAUGAACGAAGCUGCUUGGUGCUAUCUGGAAGGAUUUGGGGGCAAAAAGGACAAAGUAAGUCAGAACUUUUAUUUCAAUCCUGCUGGAUGCUGGGGGCAGCCACAUGUACCCUGGAAGUUGACGACCACAAUGAAACCCAACAUUGAGACUGCCGUCACACGUGAUUGA